AUGACAAAUGUUUCUAUUAGGACGUUGGCCACCUUCUUUACUUUCCUGGUGAUUGUUUCCAAUCAUUUUACUCAAGCUGAUUUGAUUGACCAUAAUUGUAAAAAAACACGUUACCCCGAUCUUUGCAUUGAAACCCUAAGAUCAAAUAAUGCAACUGUUAAAACAGAUGUCAAAGAUUUUUGCAUAAUCAUACUUGAAGUAAGUUUUGGAUAUGCUUCUAAAACCCGCGAGCUAGUGAAAAAUCUUCGAUACAGAAUAGUUGAUCAAGAUCCGCAACAAUGCUUGGAUUCUUGCUUAUAUUCUUAUGAUUUUCUGAUUGUGGAUAUAAAUAGGGGAAUUAACAAUCUACGUAAAGACAUCCCAUCUAUGGUUGGGAGUUCAGCUGAUAUGGUGGCUAGUCGUCCUUUAAAUUGUCAAGAGGAAUGUGACGCCGUUGGUGUUGAAAUACCAUUUUCUAAAAUGAAUACUAAAUUACACCAUUUAGGAGUAAUCCUCGAAGAUCUCGUUCAUUUGGUUGGUUCCCAUAAAACUAGCUAA